UGCUGGACUGCCGCGCGCUGCUGAGCCCCGUGAUGCGCUCGCCGCGCCAGCAGCUGCUCACCCCGCUGGACGCGGCGCUGCACCGCGGCAACCGGGGCGUGGCCAAGUACCUGCAGCUGCACGGCGGCGUGCCCGCCAACAGGCUCACCGAGAAGACGGCGCAGCUGCGGGGCGGCGGCCACCGCCUCACCACCUCCGAGCCCACGGGGCUCAACUCCCCGGACGUGAGCGCGCAGGCCGCCCGACACAGAUCGCUCGGCAGCAGCCCCGCCAGCUUCCUGCCUGGCCAGGGCGCCGCCUUGGGCGCGACCGAGACCAGGACCUUCCAGGUGCGGCUCAACGAGGACGUCGCCAUCCGGCACGUGGAGCACAUCGACACGAGCACGCCCACGUGCAGACACGCCAGGCCCGCCGAAGAGUCGAGCGACGACGGGCACCACGACAACGGCCCUCGGGGGUCGAGCAGAGGGCGGCGGAAAAAGAGCCGGAAACAUGACCGCGGCAGCAGCAGCGACAUCCUGCGCUGGCGGGAAAGGGAGAAAGAAGACAAGCGACGCUCCAUGUCGGGAUCCCGCGACUCCGCGCGGGGCUCCCGGAGGACGGCGUCGGACGACUCCGAGAGUGAGGAGGAGGGCGGUCAGGGGCGGGGGCGGAGGUCCGGCGGCGGGGGCGGCCGCGCUUCGGGCCGCACCAGGAGCAGGGCGGCGAGCGAGGGCGACGGCAGGACGGUAAGGGAGGCCGAGGUCGGGCGCGAGGACCGCGAGGAGCCCCGGACCGACAGGCGGGGGCAGAGCGUGCGGCCGCGACGGUCGCGGCGCAAGGACAGCGACGGGUCCGGGGACGCGGCGCAGGCCGAUCACCAUCAGCGGGAGGCCGCCGCGCCGAAGAAGGCGGAGCCCGCGCCCAAGAAGCGCGUCACCUACAAGGCCGUCGCCAGGACGUCCACGUCCGAGCUGGACGGCGAGAACAGCGACCACGAGAGCGACCGGGAGAUCAACAGGUCGCGGUCCAGGUCGGAGCGCGACAGGCGAAGGAGUCCCCCACGUGAUGAGCGCGGGCGAAGCCCCGGCAGCGAUAGCGUCAGCGGCGCUGAAGGCACGGCGUCGGCGCCCUCCGCGGCCAGGGAGGAGGGGAAGCCGGACGCCUCGGAGCACUCCACGGCCAAGUCAGCGAAGCUCUCCUCGGCCAAAUCGUCGAGCAGAGCAUCGGGCCGCAAGAAGGACUCGAAGACCACGAGCAUUAAGGCUGACGUGGACCACAGUCAUGGACGUUCCGAGCUAAUCACCACGACGGUGACGGUGCGGACGGAGCGCGUCGAGCACGUCGAGCACGACGGCCACCAUGAGCACGAAGUUCACCGUGGCGACGUCGAGCACCAGGAACACCACGAGCACCACCAACACUCUGAAAGCACGGAUCAGGCCGGUCACGGUGAGGUCGAGUCUCCCGAAGAGAACGACGGCGAGGACUCCGGGCCUCGGACAACCGUGGUGACUGCCAUGGUGCACCAAGAGGACGGCAGCCCUCUGAUGGCUAGAGCGGAGGCUCCUCUGGUGGGCGCGGAACCUCUACCGCCCCGGGACGAGGAGCUCGCCGGCCUGGAGGCGGUGGCCGCCUCGGACAGCGGGAAGGCGUCUUCCGAGGACAAGUCCAAGAGCGACGAUGCGGGCAGCAUGGAGACCUCCGCCGAGAACAGUCCCCGUCAGCGCCGUGAGGAGGAGGGUGAGCUAACGGCCGAGGCCGAGAUGGAGCCAGGCCCGUCCUCGGAGGAGCAGCCCCUCGCCGAGGACAGCCCAAGGGACGAGGCUGUAUCGGUGGCGGACGACUCGGAGGCAGUAACAGCCUCGGAGAACGGGGCGGCCGCUGGAGAGAUCUUGCACGAGAUCGCAUUGGCCGGGGCCGGUGGGGCCCUAGACGUUGGAGCGGACGGCGGUGCGUCAGGAAGCAAGGCGGUAAAGGACAAGGCGUCCGACAAGAAGGACAAGGCAAAGGACAAGGACAAAGAGAAAGCGGCCGACAUCAAAGCACGCAGCAAGGAGCGCCGUGGUCGCGUUACCGUCAAAGUGUCUCCCAAGGACGUGAACCGCGACGUCAGUCAAGAGGGCGGUGUAGGUAGCCGAGACCGGGGCCGAGGUCGAGGCCGAGGCCGCGGGGCGGGUGCGGUGUCCAGUCGCCGUCCAGCAGGCCGCCACAACCACCAAAACAGCCGCCUCCAGGACCACGACGAAGACGGUGGCGGCCAGGCUGUGGGUGGCGUGGUAAACGGCGACGACGUCGAGACCGUUAUGGGCGCGGACAGCCUACGGCUAAAGGCGGCGGAGGAGGGGGAGGCAGGGGAGUGCCAGGCCCCGGUGGGGAACGGCGAGGAGGAGGACGCCGGGUCGGAGCCCUCGACCGGCCGGAGCCACAACAACGACCAGCUCGUUGACUCGGGACUCGAACCAUCCCCGCGCAGAGAGAAGCCAGGCAAGGACGCGGCAUCGGCCGACAGCAGCCCCAGCAGGGAGGACGGGCGUGUCCCCAGGAUAUGCAGGCGACGGCGGGACAGGCCGGGGUCCGCCGGGGACACGGAGGAGGGGACCGUGUCCGUGACGAGGGCGGUGCAGCUCAGCAUGAGGAAGUACCACCUCGAGCGGCGCAUCUUCCACGAGCUGCUGGAGCUGAAGCGGCUGCAGAUCCGCGCGGGACGCGCCAACGAGCAGGUGCUGGUGAAGCGGCUCGUGGACGACUACCGGAGGGCCGGGCUGAGCGUGGGCAUGCAGCCGUUCUCCGGGACCUACACCUUCAGAAGCUUCGAGAAGUACCUGUACGACCAGCUGCGCGCGCUCCAGAGCGAUAACAGGAGGGUCAUCCCCCGCCUGCAGUCGUCGGACGACCUGGAGAAGCUGACGGCGGCGCUGCGGAGGACGCGGCAGGCGCAGCACCACCCCGACAACCCGCUGCAGUGCACCUCGUCCACGCACCGCUGCCACCACGCCGUGCACGCGUACAGCGGCGUGCCCUGCGCCGCAUACAUCCCCAAGCUCAACCACCACUACAUGCCCAAGGACGGGCUGUACUCGGGCUUCCUGCCGCACAUCGAGGGCGCGUCGGCGCGGCCGUCCCUGUCGUCACGCACCGCCCCCGUCACGCUGGAGCUGAGCCACGGCCCGGACAAGCAGGUCAUCUCGCUGCCCACCGAGCACCUGGACAAGAACAAGCGCUACUACGUCACCUUCACCAUCAAGGGCGGGCCGCAGGCGCAGCAGGCUCACGGCGCGGCCCAGGCGGGCGGGCUGCCGGCCGAGGACGCCGCGGGCACGGCGGAUGUGGCCUCGCCCAGCACCCCGCACCAGGGCGGCGGCCCCGGGACGAGCUCCGCGGGCCACGCCAAGAGUUUCUAGCUAAUCGGCCGGGGGCCGCACUAAGCCCGUGCGGCCCGGGUGCAGCGUGAGCGAGGGGUUGGGGGAUGAAGGCGCGUCACUACCCCGCGCGCGAGGCGUUGGCCCUAUCGCGCGGGGCAGUGACGCUGCUGGACGUGGGGCAAAGACGCGCGCUUUUUGCUGAACUUCCCCCCGCGUUCAGUGCUCCUCCCCCCUCUUCCCUGUCUUCUGCCCGCCCGCCACAGCUCUUGACGCCCAAAACCAACUGGGACCAACCACGAAACGAACGCAACUCAUCGGAAAGCGAGGAGGGCGGUCGGCCGCGUUCCCUCGACUUAUCACUGCCAGAGUCUGAGCCUUAAAAUGUACUAUGGGCCUUUCUCCAACCCGACGGAUGGUCUGCAAUAUCCAGGAAGAGAAGACCGUUCUGUUUUUUGUUUUUGUUUUUAAGGAAAAAUGUUGUACUGUUUGUUAUUUUUUACGGGAUUAGAACAAGUAGUUUCGUGUUCGUUUCCGUAGUGUUGCUUCUGUAUGUCUAGUUGUCCAAUAGCAGUCGGACCGAAUUAGACGCAAGGGUUGUAGAUGUUCUCGCUGUGCCAGCCGGCCUUAAACCAUAGGGGUUGUUUCUGUACAAGUUUAAAUUGUGUUAAGGCUGUUUAAAUAUAACCUUGAGACUACUUAUGUAUAAUGCACAAAACUAACUUGAGGGCUUCAGCUUAUUUUAGCAGUUAUAAGUCUUCCGAUCUUUUAAAACGAGAAGUCUUAAAAAAAGUACUUUAUAUU